GGAUCUCUGGGAACAUGCUGUUAUUUUUUACUCCUCAACUCCGGCGCAUUAGUUAUUAUUGCAGUUGUCAACCGAUAUUGUAACGGGGUCCUCAUACCGUCAUCGCCUUUGCUCUCCUUACGACAUUCGGCUCCCUUAUAAGUUACUCCUUACCGUGCGCGCCACAUAGUUACAGAAACCCAAAAGCAAACACCCAAGCUCCGCUCUCCUUCUCCAGCCACAUAUUACGUACGUUUCGAAUGAAAGUGAUGAUUUAAACUUUGUCGCUGCUACCUACGCCAGCCGCAGAAACAGCUCGACAGCUUCUUAGGCUGUGACAUUUCGGUAAAACCUUUUUCUUGAAUAAAAGCUUUUGCGCCGGGACCGCUUCCUCUACCUCCGUCCGCGCCUGAAAAGGAAGAAGCCAUCGCGAAAGGGGACAAAAAGCGCAAACGCCGGAGCUCUUCUUUAUAUUAUUAGGGAAUUUUGAUUGAUUGAUACGAAGAAAGGAUGGACUUCUCCAAUAUCUUCCGCUUGAUCAACCUGGGCAUCGGGGCCAUCAUGGUCCUGGGUGGCGUCAGCCAGUUCUUCCCACCAAGCAUAAGCAGCGUUGUCGUCGGUGUUUAUGUGAUUCUGUUCGGUUUGGCCGUCGGUGCCCUUGAAUUCGUCCCCCAUCCCCCAUCAUAUCUCUCGCGACAUGCAUCCUUCCUUUUCUCCUUCAUUGGACGGGGUAUCUUCUACAUUUUCGUCGGCUGCAUCCUUAUCGAGGGGAAAGUCCUACGAAUCAUUGCCGGCACCAUCGUUGGCGUCGUCGGCCUCGGAUACGUUGCCUUGGAAUUUGUGCCGUCGAUAGAACCCCCACCUACCAUGCGCGAGGCGGAUAGCACGUGGGGAUCUGAGCAGGUUUAAAGAACGACAACGCAAUUCGAUAAUUUGAACAUAUACCAGGAAGGGCGGAGAAGAGAAGGGAAGGCCGGCAUAUCGAGGAGUGGAUAUGUACUUUUGAGUCAUGGUGUAUAGGGGUGGGUGAUGGUGAUAUGUGUGUGAGAGGGGGAAGGCGAUGGUUUUAAUACUGAUCGCUUGCUGGGCUAAGCUGCAGCUCCUUUUAUUUUAUUUUUUUCACUUAAAACUGCUUCCGCUCAGCUGGCCCCCAAGCGGUAAUUUAUAUACAUAUAUACGGAGUACACAUCUAUUUUGUUUGAAAUCUGUUUACCUACUUUCUUCAUUCCCAUCCUCCUCUUUCCCUUCACCUUCGUUAUUAUGUUUUGCGAAUAUCUACGUUAUUGACUUGAAAUCCUUGCGAACAAACCCAUUAUCUAUCUCGAUGCCUAUAUUCUUCCUCUUCGUCUUCUACUACUUCUCACUUAUAUGCACGGGGCUUCCUGCGAUUUAUUCCUAGUAUGAAAGGUUUAUUUGUCCCUCUACGUUUCUCACCGCUUGAUUUGAGCUUGGUCUGGUAUCAUUCAUCCCCUUUCCUUUCUCGCUGUUUGGGCGGUUUCGCCCGGGCUGUGUCGCGUAUAAAAUGACAAAGUUCUAUGGAUGUACUUCUAUUCUCAAGAAAGAUUUUUGGUCCCCGACGGUAGCUCCAAUCCCCUCCCCCGCCCUUCCACCGUGUAUGCAGGCUGAUGAGAGAAAUAUUAGAGCCUGAUCGUCCUCUUGCUUCCUGGGCUUUGGCGUCGUCGCAACACAACACACACAGAGUUCUACGGCUAACGCAGUCCUUAUCUCGGUUACCUACCAUCAUCGGGCUUGCUGUUCUGCUCUGCGAGAAAAAAAAAAAAAAAUUCCAGGCAGCGACGUUUCUCCACUGACAUAAGUUAAUCGCUGAAUGCUUGUGUUGGCCGGCUGCGGCCGUUGUCGUGGCGAUCUCAGAACAAGAGCCAAGGAUUGGAUGGCUACAUGGCCUUAGCUUCUUCCAGAACAUAAUGUGGAAGGUGGUUGAUCACUAUAUUAAGCUCUUUGUAAAUAGCUCUAUUAAUACAAUCUUCAACUAUUCUACAGAUUAUAAUUUGAAUGACAUGUUUUGCUUUUUAAAAUAUUGUAUUAAUAUUUUGAUAAGAGUAGUUCAUCUUUUUCAGAAAGACUUUUACGAGACAUAGUCGGCUUAACAGUAUCACAAAAAUUGACACUAGUUUCUGA